ACAUUGAGGAGAAGGAAAAAAAAAUACCAUUUAAAGUGGCGGUGAUUUUGGUUUAAAUAAAAAACUGGGUAAUUAUUUUAUUUAUUUAAAAUGAAGAAACAAUUUUUCCGAGUUAAACAACUUGCGGAUCAAACAUUUUCUAGAGCUGGAAAAACAGAAGUGCUGACUGAUGAUUUGCAAGCAGCAGACAAACAUGUAGAUCAAAUAAGAGCCGCGUUAACUGGACUGAGUAAAAGACUGGGGACUUUGCCGAAUCAGACGAAUGUCUUGGAUCCUGCUUACAAAGAAAAACGUCUAAAAAAAUGCCCGGAGUACAUACUGGGACAGACGAUGUUGGAAAACGCGGCGGUGGAAGGUCUGAUGAGCUUCGCGUUGUCCGAGUGUGGAAGAGCCCAAGUCGCGUUGGCCAACGAGACAGUAGACCAUGAAGCCAAAGUCGAGCAGUAUGUUGCCGCCCCGCUUCACCAUAUUCUCGAGACUGAUGUACCCAAUAUCAUUAAACACAAGAGAAAUUUAGCUAGAUUGACUUUAGAUAUGGACAGUGCAAGAACUAGAUACCAGCAGGCUUUCAAACAUAAUGCUGGAGGAACGGGAGCUACCAAAGUAGACAGUCUGCGUGAAGAGCUUGAAGAGGCUGAGACGAAAGUGGAACAGUGUCGAGAUCAAUUGGCUGCCGAAAUGUUCCAGUUGAUGUCCCGCGAAACGGAACUUGCUCAAACAAUUAUACAGUACGUGAAACUUCAACGAGCUUACCAUGAAAGUGCCUUACAUUGUUUAGAAGAACUGAUACCUGGAUUAGAGAGUUACAUCAAUGACAAUGAGAUGAAACCAGUGUAUGGUUACCCACUGGAAGAACACUUGAGGGUGACGAAUAGAAAAAUAGCAUUACCGAUCCAAUUGUGCGUGUCGACGUUACUGAGACUGGGUAUGGAGGAAGAGGGGCUCUUUAGGAUAGCAGGUGGUGCGUCUAAAUUAAGAAGAAUAAAAUUAAGUUUGGACGCGUGUUGCUUAACGCUGCCUACUGCGUUGGAGUACAAAGACCCUCAUGUUGUAGCGGGCGCUUUAAAGUCAUAUUUACGCGAAUUACCUGAGCCUCUUCUUACCUUCAAAUUAUACCCAGAAUGGAUGGCCGCUGCUAAAAUAAGUCAAAGUGACGCCAGAUUACGGGCUCUCUGGGAAGUCCUUCAUAAACUUCCGUCGGCAAAUUUGGAAAAUUUGAGGUUUUUAAUUAAAUUUUUGGCUGUUCUUACUAAGAACAGUGAUAUAAAUAAAAUGUCACCGCAAAAUAUUGCUAUUGUCAUUGCUCCUAAUUUAAUUUGGAGUCCUCAGGAAGAUAUAAAUACCAUGGUAAUGAACAUGAGUACCGCUAAUAACUCUAGUCUCAUAGUCGAGCAGCUGAUAACUUACGCUGACUGGUUUUUUCCCGGCGAAAUAGAUUUCGAUCGUGAUUUAGAUAUUGGAAUAGUCAAUGGUGCUGAGUCACAAGUUAUUGGCAUGCGUAGAUGUAUUUCAAACAGUAGUCUGAGUGAUCUAGGAGAAAGUCCACCGCAAGGUAGUCCAAAACCAGCGGCGCGUAGAAAAAAUAAACCAGCUCCGACACCGCCAAGUGCUGGUAAUCCUGGUAGCGGUGGAGGUACACCAGAUAAACAAGAACGACGAGUUGAUGAUAAACCUCCGCCCGCUCCAGACAAACCGCCACGGCCUUUAACCACAGCAACACUUAACCGUCAUACUUAUAAGGCUCAAAAGCAUGAAGUUAAUACUGAAUUGAUGACCCAUCAUACUGACAAUAAAACAGACAAAGUGGAGAAAGUUCUUGAGAACGAAAUAAAUAAAACGCCUUUAGGAUUUGAAGCUGUUACUAAUGUAGAUUCAACGGUGAUUAAUGAUAGUAAUGAUAAGAUAAAUAUUGAAUCACGUGCUCAAGUUUAUGAUAAUGAUGUUGAACAUAAACGCAAAGAUUCCGAUCCAAAUCCUCCUAUUGGUUUUGAAGGUAUUAAUUCACGUACUGGUAGUAUAAGUGGAAGUGGAAGUGGAAGCGUUGGAGGUGUAACUCAAAGUAAAAUAGCUGCUGAUUCGCCAGAAAAUAUCGAUGCACAAAAAUCUCGACCUGUUCCUGCUGAAAAACCAGGAACGUCGACUUUAGAACGACGUAAAAUCCCUGUUGCUGCACCACGUACUAUAACAAAUGUUAUUCAACCUAAUACAGUGAUUGUAGAUGACUCAGUAGAAAUACGUAACAAAAAGAGCGAUGGGAACAGCGUAAUUGUUAACGCAACACCCGACAGAAAUAGUAAACCCGCUAUCCCAGAACGGCCUGCUGGGUUGGCCAGACCCUCGAGCUUGAUCCGUCAGCACAUAAGGCAGAGUAACGAUAACCUGGAUGCUGAUGUCGGACCAUUAACUCUGGAGAGGACUCACAUGUAUUCCGUUGACAAACAGCAGGUCAGUAUAAUACAAGUCCGUGGAAACAACCCGGCAAAUUCAACAUCAUCGUCGUCGUCAAUCACAUCAGCAGAGACCAAUGGAAAUGUUCCUAACUUGCAAAGAAGUCCAAGUGUGGGCAGUCGACCAACCUCUGUCUCAUUUACCAACGACCGUCCGGAAAAACCUCCGAGGCCGACGGACUUGCCGCCAGAGCCCACCAAGUCCCACUCGAGGACACGUUCCGAGGGUAAUAUUAUCGACGUCCAAACCCAGACUGAAACAGUGAUAGUUCCUAAGUCACCACCGCAUCAUAACACGCCAGUAUCCCCAAGAUUUCAUCAACGGCCUCCCCGACCUCAGCCGCCGCCUCCUCCCCCGCCAACUACGCGACCAAAAUCCGAUCACGAGAGUACCAAUCUCUAGAAUUGAAUCCAAAUACAUAUUAAAUUCAAUCAUUAAAUAUCAUAUAUAUAAAUAUAUAUAUUAUUAAAACAAUUAGAUAGUAUUUUUAAAAUACAGAUUUAAAAAUAAAUUUUAAUAUCAUUUUUACGACUUAAGUAUGUGACAAAUUAAUAAUGACAUCGUUGCAAUUUUAAAUAAUUAUCAUACUUUUAAUAGACGAUGUCUAUUGCCAUGGCUUCCUUUUAAUCAGGACUUUUUAAAUUGGCGUCCAGUCUACAGACAUCGGUGCCUAAUAUACUAAGUAUUUAAAAACGUAGAUACUUUUGUACUAAAAUUAUUUCAUUUAAAUAAUUAUAUUAUUAAAUGCUCGUAAAAAGUGCUCCCGAUCUCUACCACAAAUUUUUUUUUAUUUUAAAUUUUUUACCGCACAAAUGUUUGAUAUUUUAAUACAUUGAGCUGAGUAGGGCUAGAAGAUUUCAAAUCUAUAUUUAUGUUAUUAUUAUUAUUAUUAUUAAUUACUAUUAAUGUUAUGAUUAAUUAAUUAAUUAAUUAAUAUUAGUACCUAUUUGAUAGGGUAACUGUGAUGAAGACACAAAAGUUUAUUUUAAUAACAAUAUAUUAAUGUUUUUAAAUACUCGCGCUCAUAUUUACCACGGGCGUGUGUAUUUUUUUAUUACGCAUUCGAUUAAGCCGAUGAUAAUUGCGGCUUACAUAAAUUUAUUAUUAUUAUUAUUAAUAUAUAUUAUAAUCUAUACCUACUCGGCGUUUUUUUCACUAUUGUUGCUGCUUCACAAGACAUUUCAAUGAGGAAAUUCAUUAUUUUUAUAUAACAGAAAAUUAUUUUUUAUGCCUGGAAUAUUAUUUCCCUACAGUUAAUUAACUACAGUAAAUAAAUAAGUUAAAUAAAUGUUUUAUUUGUUGAUAUUUAAAAUUUCACGCCGAAAAUGGAGCACGCAUUUACCUAAGGAAAGCUUAGGCUGUGAACAUUAUUGGAGUAUUCAAGGAUUUUAUUUGUAUAUAAAUAAAUAAAAAUUGUUUCUUUACGAAUUAUUAUUAUUAGUUUAUUUUUUAUUUACGUAAAUUAAAUUUUUAUUGACGAGUGUGUUCUGGAGGAGAUAAUUAGAUCAAUAAAAAAAUUUUAGAUGAA